AAUGCCGUGGUACCGGAAGCGUUUCGGAAGUCUGCACUGUGUAUGCGGAACUGAUGAAGACAGUAAAUAAAACCCCACUGGCAGCUUGAACUUCAUCUCAACGCACAAUUGAACAGCAACGAAGAUGACAAACGUCUACUCUUUCGAUGGCAUUCUUGUGUUUGGGCUUCUGUUCAUUUGCACGUGUGCAUACCUGAAGAAGGUUCCUCGUCUCAACAGCUGGCUCCUGUCGGAGAAGAAAGGUGUGUGGGGAGUCUUUUAUAAAGCUGCGGUGAUCGGCACACGGCUGCACGUCGUUGUGGCGGCGUCCUGUUUGUGUAUGGCUUUUUACCUCAUAUUUCUCAAAUGACUUGGAUGAAUCAGUACUGGACUGUGAGAUGCUGAUGGACAUGCGGUGCGGUCAGGAGUCGCCAGCAGAUGGGGACGAUGCACAGAAUCCCUCCUCCAGCUGCGGUUUAGCCCUCUUUCAAGAUCUGCUUUCCACUUUUGUAAAUGUGUAACUUAAAAAUAGAGUCUGAAGGGGAAUUGGGUCUCAGAUCAGGGUCAUUUCUGCUGGAUGUGGAGCAUCUGCUUAUGGACUUCACACAUGGUUUGUGGUGUCGUUCUCUCAAACAUGCACAUUUAUGAUUGAGCUUAUGGGAUAAUGAAGGCAGAAUCAAAGUUAAUUUGUACAGAAUAACAUUUUAUAGCAGUGUCUUUUCAUUAGUUAGUUUUUAUCAUAAAUAGCUUACAUCACUGGUGUCAAACUCAGUUCCUGGAGGGCCGCAGCUAUCACAGUUUAGUGAUAAACACACAUAAUCAAACCAAUUGAGUCCUUCAGGAUUGUUUGAAAUGUACAGGUGAGUGUGUUGGAGCAUGGUUGGACACUAAACUGUGCAGGGCAGCAGUUUGACACCCCUGGCUUACGUUAUCACUUAAAGCAGGGAUGUCAAACUCAAUUCCUAGAGGGCCGCAGCUCUGCACAGUUUAGUGCCAACCCUAAUUAAACACACCUGAUCAAACUAAUUUAAUCCUUCAGGCUUGUUUGAAACCUGCAGGUAAGUGUGUUGGAGCAGGGUUGGACUAAACUGUGCAGGGCUGCGGCCCUCUAGGAAUUGAGUUUGACAUCCCUGACUUAAAGGGGCAGUUCACACACAAAUUAAAAUGGUCAUCAUUUACUCAUGCUUCUAAAUCUGCUUGAUUUCGUUUUUCUGUUGAACACAAUAGAAGAUAAUUUGAAGAAUGUUACAAAUUGGUAGCCGUUAACAUCCAUGGUAUCUCUUUAUCCUACUAUUAAUGCCAAUGACUUCCAGUCUUCUUAAAUAUAUACCUUUUUAUUGGUUCAACAACACAAGAUAAACGUUGUAAAGGUUUGAAAUCACUCAAGAGUGAGUAAAUGUCAAUGUUUGUGUGAACUAUCCCUUUAAAUUACCCCAGAUGUUUAUAAGGAAACAUGAUAUAGUUUCAUGCAGAGUGAAAAGGAAACCUAAAUGUGAUUUUUAGUUUAGGAUAUAGCUCAAAACUACACAUGUAUGAACUUAUUUUCUUGAUGAGACAUAUUCAGUAGUAUAUUUGAAAGUAAAUCAUCCUGGCACACACCAUGUAGUUGCAUAGCAUGUCUAUUCAUAUCAGUUUGAUCAAUACACAGCAAAGUUUAUUAACAAAAAUCACUUUUUCUUUUAAAAAAACAUGCGUCUUACAGUAAAUAUAGAUGAUAAUGGUUCAUUCCUGAGGUUAUGGCUCCGGAAUAUCAAGAGGAUGGUAUGAUAUUAAUUUAAAAAUCAUACUUGCAAUAGAGAAACACACUACAGAUUGAAUCCUACACAUUUAUAUGACUUUUUUCUGAUUGUAAACACUCUGAUGAUUCUGUAUGUUUCAGCACCAUGAUGCUCAGUGUGUCAACACUUUACACCGCACAAAAAUACACAAGCCAAGAUGUUCUGUAGUAUUUAUGCCUUUAGUUGUGUGUGUUACAGCAGCCUAUCGUCGUUUCCUUACGUAUUUAAACUUGGUUCAGCUUGUAAAUAUCUGCAGUCGUGCUCUGAAACUGCUAGCAAGUGAUAGUUAUUGGGUGUUUCAUAUUUGUAGACAUGUGGACUCUAAUAAAUAUUUGAUAUCAAACCCUAUGCAACGAAAUACUAAA